AUGUUUGGCAUAUUUGAUAGGGACACAAGCCAAAAGAUCAAGGGCACUUUGGUGUUGAUGCCCAAAAAUGUUUUGGACUUCAACUCUGUAUCAUCUGCUAAAAAGAAAGGUAUUCUUGAUGUCGCCGAGGACGUUGUUGAGGCGGCCGGCAGCUUGUUCGGCGGAAUAGUUGACGGUGCUACCGCCUUUUUAGGGCGGAACGUCUCCAUGCGGUUGAUCAGUGCAACCAAGAAGGAUGCAAAUGGACAUGGGUUAGUUGGAAAAGAAGUGUUUUUGGAGAAACAUAUCCCAACUCUUCCAACCUUAGGAGCAAGACAAGAUGCAUUUAGUAUUUAUUUUGAUUGGGAUGCUGAUUUUGGAAUCCCAGGAGCAUUUUACAUAAGAAACUACAUGCAAGCUCAUGAGUUUUUUCUUGUUAGUGUCACUUUUGAUGACAUUCCUAAUCAUGAAUCGGUUAAUUUUGUUUGCAACUCUUGGGUUUACAACUUCCAAAGUUACAAGAAGGAUCGUAUCUUCUUUUCCAAUGAUAUUUAUCUCCCAAGUCAAACACCGGCUCCAUUGGUUUACUAUAGACAAGAAGAGUUGCAAAAUUUGAGAGGAGAUGGAACGGGAGAACGAAAAGAUUGGGAAAGAAUAUAUGAUUAUGAUGUUUAUAAUGAUUUGGGAAAUCCAGAUGAAAAUGCUAAUCUUGCUCGUCCCGUUCUUGGAGGGUCGAGCACACAUCCUUACCCUCGAAGGGUUAGAAGUGGUAGGAAACCAACCAGAAAAGAUCCUAAAAGCGAGAAACCGGGCGCCAUGUAUGUUCCAAGAGACGAAAAUUUUGGACAUUUAAAGUCAUCUGAUUUUCUUACCUAUGGAAUAAAAUCAUUGUCUCAAAAUGUCAUACCUUUGUUCAAAUCUGUAAUCUUUGAUUUGAAUUUCACUCCAAAUGAGUUUGAUAGCUUCGAUGAAGUACGUGAUUUAUUUGAAGGUGGAAUUGAACUUCCUACAAAUGUAUUGAGCAAAAUUAGUCCCUUACCCGUCCUCAAGGAAAUAUUCCGCACUGAUGGCGAACAAGUCCUCAAGUUUCCACCACCCCAUGUUAUCAAAGUUAGCAAAUCUGCAUGGAUGACCGAUGAAGAAUUUGGAAGGGAAAUGAUUGCUGGUGUAAACCCUUGUGUGAUUCACCGUCUCACUGAGUUUCCACCAAAAAGCACAUUAGAUACUACACUCUAUGGUGAUCAAACUAGUACAAUUAAAAAAGAACACUUGGAGAUUAAUCUAGGAGGACUCACAGUUGAAAAGGCACUGCAUGAUCAAAGAUUAUUCAUCUUAGAUUAUCAUGAUGCAUUCAUCCCAUAUUUGAACAAGAUAAACAAAAAUGCAAAAGCUUAUGCCACAAGGACAAUCCUUUUCUUAAAAGAUGAUGGAACUUUGAAGCCAUUAGCCAUAGAAUUGAGUUUACCACAUCCAAGUGGACUUCAAUAUGGUGCUGAAAGCAAAGUCAUCUUGCCUUCAGAUCAAGGUGUUGAUAGCACAAUUUGGCUACUGUCCAAGGCUCAUGUAAUUGUAAAUGACUCAUGCUACCAUCAACUCAUGAGCCACUGGUUGAAUACUCAUGCGGUCGUUGAGCCAUUCAUCAUAGCAACAAAUAGGCAUCUUAGUGUGCUUCACCCAAUAAAUAGGCUUUUAGAUCCUCAUUUUCGCGACACAAUAAAUAUCAACUCACUUGCACGAGGCGCGUUAAUUAACGCUGAUGGAAUUAUAGAACAGACAUUUUUACCUGGACCAAGUUCCGUUGAGAUGUCUUCAGCAGCAUACAAGAAUUGGGUUUUCACUGAUCAAGCAUUACCCGCCGACCUUAUCAAGAGAGGAUUGGCGGUUGAGGAUUCAUCUUCUCCACACGGCCUUCGUCUCAUGAUAGAGGACUAUCCUUACGCGGUUGACGGACUUGAGAUAUGGGAUGCUAUCAAAACAUGGGUCCAAGACUAUGUCUCUUUGUAUUAUCCAACUGACGAAGUAGUGCAGAAAGAUACCGAACUACAAACUUGGUGGAAGGAGAUUAUAGAAAAGGGUCACGGUGACUUGCGAGACAAGCCAUGGUGGCCUAAGAUGCAAAAUCUUCAAGAUUUAAUUCAAUCAUGUUCGAUUAUCAUAUGGACGGCUUCCGCUCUCCACGCGGCUGUUAAUUUUGGACAAUAUCCUUAUGGAGGUUAUAUUUUGAACCGUCCGACACUUAGUAGAAGAUUGAUCCCGGAGAAAGGAACUCCGCAUUAUGACGAGAUGGUGAAAAAUCCUCAAAAGGCAUAUUUGAGAACAAUUACACCAAAAUUUCAAACACUUAUUGAUCUUUCUGUGAUUGAGAUACUGUCAAGACAUGCUUCUGAUGAGAUUUACCUUGGAGAGAGGGAUGUUAAGUUCUGGACAUCAGAUUCAAAGGCAUUGCAAGCUUUUAAAAAGUUUGGAACAAAGUUGGCAAAAAUUGAAGGAACAAUCAAAGAGAGGAACAAUGAUGCUAGUUUGAAAAAUCGAUACGGGCCGGUGCAACUGCCAUACACCAUUCUUCAACCUUCUGGUGAAGAUGGGCUGGCCUUUAGAGGAAUUCCCAACAGCAUUUCUAUUUGA